UGCGCCAUCUAGAAGCGCUCAAAAUCGCCCGGCGACGAACACAAGUGGCGCGUAGUGUUCCGAUGGAGCCGAGGAGCGUCGCAAAUUCGGCAAAGCCGCCGUGUGCGGCUACGCUAAAGGACCUCAUCAGCCACCUGCACCGCGUCUUCGAGGAUGACCACAUCAACGUCGAGUACGUGCACGAGCUCAUGUCAUCGUACCAGAGCAACCCCAAGGAAUGGCAGCAGUACGCCAAGUUCGACAGGCACAGGUACACGCGAAACCUGGUCGACGAAGGCAACGGCAAGUUCAACCUGAUGAUCCUUUGCUGGUCCGAGGGACAAGGUAGCAGCAUCCACGACCACGCCGACUCGCACUGCUUCAUGAAGGUUCUGGCCGGUACGCUGAAGGAGGUUCGCUUCGACUGGCCGCAGACCAAGGACGGCGUGGAGGCGCCCAUGACCAAGAAGGGCGACACGGAGCUGCAGCUGAACAGCGUCGCCUACAUCAACGAUUCGCUGGGCCUGCACAGGGUUGAGAACCCGAGCCACUGUGAACCGGCCGUGAGCCUGCACCUGUACUGCCCUCCCUUCGACGAGUGCUCCAUGUUCGACCAGCGCACGGGACACCGUUCCAAGAGCAAGGUCACCUUCUGGAGCAAAUACGGACAGCGAACACCAUUCGUGAUCACUCCAUCGCAACCGGAGCAGUACGAAAACAACUGAAAACUCCUCAAGGCUGGUCCAAGGCAUUUUGAGAGAGCAAACGCAUCUCGUGCAUUUCCAAGUUGCUGCUGACUGAAGGGCCAUUGCUCUGCAGCAUGUCUUUUUUUUUUUUCAAUAAAAGCAAGGAGGGAUGUAGAUUUAUGUGCAUGUGGGAGGUGCAGAGGUCGUCGUUUUUUUUUCUUCUUUUUUUGUGUAUGUCCAGCAGAUGGAAUUGUGGCAACCUUUAAAGUGCCUCUGCAGCAUGUUUGGUGGUGUAAAAUGCUAUUAGAAGAUAAUGACUUCAUGAAGGAGUACAUGUUAGUCGUGCUAUGUUUAUAUACUUCACUAUUUGUUGUUUACAAAAAUAAAUUACACAAUAGAUUUCUAUUCACAGA